UCUCUGAGCAUAAUGAAUCAUAGUAAAAAUCCUUGAGAAGUGAGGGCUGCUCUGUUGAACGCUCAGAACAAUGAAGUGUGUUGGGUCCUGGCAUGAGUGAGAGGGCACACUGGGCUUCACAUUAACUCUUCAGUUUGGUUUUUGUAAUUGGCUGUGUGGAACAUGCCUGUUGGGUACUGUAUAGCAAACUAGAGCAGCCCCAGGAAAGAGGUGUCAUGUAAGUGGAUGUGUCAUACCUAUUUUCAGUUUUGGAAGACUUUGGGUCCUUGCUUGUCAGCUCUCAGCUAAGUAACAAGGACGCUUUUGCCCUUUCCUCCAUUAGCAGAAAUAGGAUUCCUAAUUCCAUUUACUAUAUGCAGGCUCUUGGGCAAGCCAUUUAACAUAAUCAGUGCCUCGCUUUUCUCAUUUGCUAACAGCACAAACCUAAUUGCUUUGGGUUGCAUUAAAUAAUAAUGUAAAGUGCCUUAAAAGUGUCCAGCAUGCAGUUAGUGCUCGAUAAAUACUUGUCGUCCUCAUAUACCUGAAACAGAACCGUUAUCUAAAUUGCUACUUAGUGUAGCAUCUAAAACUCUUAAUUAAAAUCUGAAGAGUAAUUAGGCUCUCAAAGCAAAUGCGUUAGAAAUGUUAUAUAUCUGUGGGAGGCUUUCCCUCACCCUGCUACAAAGGUCUCCUAUCUAGUUUCAUAUUCCCCUUCAAUGUUACCACUCUGUUCUUCCUGAAGCUGAUCCAUGAUUCUAUCCUAUUGUGCUUAGCCAUGGCACUAGCCCAAAUCUGUUUAGUGGCUUGCCAUCACAUGCCGAAUAAAUCCAAAUUUUCUACCAUGGUCUCCAGGGCUCUCAUGAACUGCCCCUGCCCAAACUUCCAUUCUCUCUUGUCUGGCCUGCCAUGGUCAGUCACACUGGGCCUGCUUAGCCUCAGAUUCACUAACCAUACUCCUCUCCCUGUGCAGCAUUUCUGCUCCCUUCUGGCUUUUCCCCAAAUCGUUACAUGGUUUCCUUCCCCACAGUAUUCAGAUCCCCAAAUGCUAUUUAAAUACAACUCCUGUCAUACUCUGCCCCCAGCAUAGUAGUCAGUACAUUUUCUAUUUAGUUGACUACCUUCCCUAGUAGAAGUAAAACUCCAAGAGUGUAGAUUUUUCACUAUUUACCCAGGCCCUGAAGUAGUGUCUGGCACAUAGAAUGCUUUCAAAGUGUCUAGAGAAUAGUGUUAACAAAACCCCAAUUUGAGAACGUUGUAGUGUCACAUAUUCACUGACAUUGUUUCUUUUAAAAUUCCCUAAGUGACUAAGCUCAGGUCACAUGAAACCCUCUCAUCUUUCCUUCCUGAUGUCCAUUAAUAUUACAUAUCCAAUGACAAGUGCCUCCAGCGAGGGUAUUCCUUCACAUCACCUCACGCUUCCCACCCCAGCCAGUCAAAAAAAAAAAAUUCUAACUUCUCUACAUAUCACACAUUGUCCAAGAUAGAUUCCUCGGCCUCCAGACUCCCUCGCCCUGGUCCCUAUGUCUGUUCUACCUGCUGGGUACUUCUCAUUGCCCUUGUUCUCCUCUGGUUCCAGAUGCCAUCAGCUCUGUCCUGAGUCGCUGCAGCAGCCUCCUCCGGGGCUUUCACCCGGAUAUCCCCAUCCAUCCCACAAUUACUUUAGGAGUUACUGCCAUGUUUCAGAGCUAUGCCCUGGCCCAGGUGCCUGGCCAGACAGGGACAAUUUGACGCUUCUUUCGGGGCCAAGGAUGCAACCCUGACAGCUUUCCGAGGAACUAUUCGGUCUUCUGGGGCUUCUCGUUACCAGAUCAAGCGCUGGUCCCUUGGACUAACCUCCCUGGUCCUCCAGUUCGUAUAGCUUUCUGAGCGUUAUUUCAAAGUAGAGACGAAGGCAAAAUCAGUCCGGGCUGGGCAGCUAGCGUGUGUCUUGGCGCCGAUAGCUGAUUAGGGGUAAGGGGGCACUCCGCAGAGGCUUCUGGGAAACGUAGUUCAGCAUUCAAAGCCACAGCUCCGGAAAGGGACGUGGGGAGGGGGCUGUCUGCGCAGGCGCCGGUCUUCGCCGCUUUGCCUUCUGGGCAGUGGAGUGCUGCAAACCAAAGUGCCGCAUCCCUCAGGCUUGUGGGAGUUGAGCCCCGCGGUUUCCACGGCAACGCGCAAGCGCAGUUUGCAAACUCCAGCUCAUUGUGUACUGACUGCGAUGUGGUGGCUGCGGUCUCUCGCCGCCGGUAGAGGCUCCUGGAAGGGCGACCUAGCGGUGACCAGGCACGGUGGCUAAAGCCGCAAAGGGACAGCGGCAGUGGGUGGUCAGGUCUAGGAAGAAGGGCUGAGGGAAAGCCGAGGAUGUCUGGGUCCUGGUCCAUUCUGGAGGACCCUGAUCUAAUGCUCCAACCUUCCAGAGUGUGUGUCUGAGAUUUUAUUCCAGAUGGAAAAGGGAAGGUCCGACAGGAUCGGGCAUCCUGGGUUUUAGGCUCCUCCGAAUCUGAGUGCCAGUGAGUGGAUGGGGCCAGGGCCUCUAGCGUGUGGUGAAGCAGCAGUCCCGGCACACUCAGGGUGGUCGAAUUACGGCUGAUUCCGAGCCCGCCACAGAGUUUGCCAAGGACUAGGGAGCCGCAGUGCAGCCCUGCAGCACCUCCCUGGGGACCCCACAGAGCAGCAGGGACUCACGUUCACUGCUUCUUGCCGCGCCUUUGACUCCGGGUCACUCAAAUGGCCCUGGAAAGUGAGAAGCGGAGGCUGUAGAAGAGCGUGGCCUGAGUGGCUUCUGCAUCGAGGAUGUAGCCUACUUAGGUCGCGUCUUUUUUUCAGGAGAAAGUCAACUCUCUUUACCCCCUUCCUUUGCAACCCUACGGCUCAGCAGUUCCAGGAGAGACAAUUCCUUAGGACUCCUCAGCAUACUUUAAGGCAAGGACGGAAGCUGGUUACAAAGUAUGAGAACUGGGGCUGGAGCAAGCUUUCUGCAAGUUGAAAUAUUUAAAAUACAGAAGGGAAGACAUGGAGGAUUUGACUACAGGUGUGUGACCGCUUCUAGCCUGCAGAAUCCCGAGCUUGCCACGCUCCUCACUGGCCUCCUCAUCACUGUGCCUGUCCCUAAGAGGAAGCGUCAGAGAAGAGAGAAUGGCUGUGAGCCGCCUACCAACCAUGGUCCAGGACUUGGUGACCUUCAAGGAUGUGGCUGUGCUGUUCACCCAGGAGGAGUGGGGGCAGCUGAGUCCUCCGCAGAGGGCCCUGUACAGGGACGUGAUGCUGGAGAACUACAGCAACCUGGUCUCGCUCGGACUCUUAGGACCCAAACCCAAUAUGUUUUCUCAGCUGGGAAAAGCAGAAGAACGGAUGCCAGAGGUCGCCUCGGGAGGCUUCUCCCUUGACUGGAUGACUGUGGCUGUGAGUAAAUUAUCUACUCUGCAGGCAGAUAUUCCUAAAGAAGCAUUCGAUCCAUGGACAGUAAAGGAAGGGCUGACGAGAGGCGGUCCCUGGAAAUGUGCCAGCUUGUUGGGAUGGCAGUGCCAGGAAGGUCAGGAAGUGAACUGGCAGCGAGUGGUCUCUGCCCAUCAGGACGCCCCACUGGGAGUCAGUGCACAGCAGGCCCCUGAGUCUGGGAAGGGCUGCCCCAGGAGCUUCUCGCUUGUUCAGAGCCAGGGAUUGCAGCCAAGCAAAACAGCCUUUGAAUGUUAUGAGUGCGGGAAGGUCUUCUCUAAGAGCUCCACCCUUAACAAGCAUCAGAAAACCCACACUGAAAAACUCAGCCCAAGUCCGAAAACAUAUAUGAAAGAGAAACGGUAUGAAUGUCGAGAAUGUGGGAAAGCCUUUCACCAGAGCACACACCUCAUCCAUCACCAAAGAAUUCACACAGGGGAGAAACCGUAUGAAUGUAAGGAAUGUGGCAAGGCCUUCUCAGUGAGCUCCUCAUUGACGUAUCAUCAGAAAAUCCAUACUGGAGAAAAGCCUUUUGAAUGCAACUUGUGUGGGAAAGCCUUCAUCCGGAACAUACAUCUUUCCCACCACCACAGAAUACAUACUGGAGAGAAACCAUUCAAGUGUAACAUUUGUGAAAAAGCCUUCGUGUGCAGGGCACAUCUUACCAAACACCAGAAUAUUCAUAGUGGUGAGAAACCCUAUAAAUGUAAUGAAUGUGGGAAAGCUUUCAACCAGAGUACAAGUUUUCUCCAGCAUCAGAGAAUCCACACGGGAGAGAAACCCUUUGAAUGCAAUGAAUGUGGAAAGGCCUUCAGGGUGAACUCUUCCCUUACAGAACAUCAAAGGAUUCACACUGGUGAGAAACCUUAUAAAUGUAGUGAAUGUGGAAAAGCUUUCAGGGAUAAUUCAUCUUUUGCACGGCAUCGGAAAAUUCACACUGGAGAGAAACCCUACAGGUGUGGCUUGUGUGAGAAAGCCUUCAGGGACCAAUCAGCCCUGGCCCAGCACCAGAGAAUUCACACUGGGGAAAAACCUUAUACAUGUAACAUAUGUGAGAAGGCGUUCAGUGACCACUCUGCCCUCACCCAACAUAAGAGAAUCCACACAAGAGAAAAGCCUUACAAAUGUAAAGUCUGUGGGAAAGCCUUUAUCCGAAGCACACAUCUUACCCAGCAUCAGAGGAUUCACACGGGAGAGAAACCUUAUAAAUGUAAUAAAUGUGGGAAAGCUUUCAACCAGACGGCAAACCUCAUCCAACAUCAGAGACACCAUAUUGGGGAAAAGUGAUAUGACUGCAGUUUAUAUGGAGAAGCUGUGAUUGAGUUAAUUAGCACAUGAGAAAGAACCCAUUCUAAAGAAUACGAAUGGUACUCAUCAUAUUUACCGAGAGCCAAAAUUCACACCAAGGCAAGAAUGGCAAACACUCCUUAUUGGUUAGUACUGUCUGGUUGAACAACACUUUUUUAUUAGUCUCAAUUACCAAGAAGCAGAACUGAAAUGAAGCUUCAUUAACAAUAUAAAAAUUGGUUUCUAACAUCUAUAAGAGAAUUAUAAAAUUGUGAAAAUUAAAGUUGAGAAGCCAGGGAACACAGGAGUAAGAGAGCGGUCUAUGAGCAUUCUGUUCUUACAGCCCUUUCCCUGUAAGACAAUGCCAGCCUCCCACUGUUACAUUCUGCUAUUAUGACACACACUGUGAUGUCACCUCUGUUCUAGCCUCACGUAUGUACCUGACACCUAGGGUAAGGGAAGUACAAUCACGUGUGAGCCCAGAGAAUCUUUUAAAUUACUCUUGCCAGCUCUACUUCAAACUGUCUUUGGUCACAUGUGGCCUGUGUGUCCCUGGCUGCUGCUUCUCUUCUCCUCCUGGAAACAUGACUCACUGAGUCGGCUGCUCCUAACUCUUAAUGUUGUGUCCCUUGUUACCACUGCCCUCGGGAGUGUGAUCUGUCUUCAUACACGAUGUGAAUCAGAAUCUGCUGAUCAGGAUCAGAACCACAGAAUGAACCUGAGUCAGAAUGAGUUUUCCGCGUUCACAAUUUAGACUCUCCAUCUGGGGGUGGGGACAGUUUGAUCACAAUUCUCGAGUUGCCCAGAUCCUUUGGGCCUCAGCUUGAGUGUGAUAUUGGUAAGAUACCUGUGCAGCUGUGCUUUACAGCUGUUCCUCUCCUGCUGUUCUUCUGCACUGCAGUUACUCUGCACACAGCAGCCGGGCUUAUUCAGUGUGAUGUGUGUGUAAUGAUGCCAGCCUCCUAUUAUGGUUGGUAUUCCUGACCGACUUCGCUUUUGUGACUCACCAUUUCCUGGUGUGCAUUCAACAUGAGAGAUGAGACCUACGGACAUGUCUCAGAGCGCUGUGGCCGCUCUGCCUUGGCUGGACGAUCCCCUGUGCCCACCACAUUAGAGUAUAUUUGCUGUUCCCAGAAUGAUCAAAUGCAAUUUCCUGCCUCUGCCCAGCUUUUGUGUAGGUUUCUAAAGAUACUAAUGUACCCAGGAAAAAAAAAAGGUUUGAGUUUCUGCUCUUCAUUUGAAAGUAGCUGCUUCCUGCCCUUUUUCUUGGUCAUUCGGACAGUAGUGAGCAACAGUGAGUAAUUUCUCAGUCCAGAAGCGGCCCACAAGCACCAUCAGCUUCUCUAGGAGGGGCAAUGUCCAAAUCCAAAGUUGUGAGUGACACAGUAGUUAGUCCUACAAGUAUUGCACUUUGGCCCUCUCAGUGUUUCUCAGAAAUUGCAGGCACCCUAACACCUGUCCCCCUCCCCAGGAGUGGAGCCUGUCCUGCUGCACACUGAGCACAGUGAGGGCAGGGAGAACAGAUUGUCAUUCUGGGAAGCAGCAGGGCAGCUUCCUGCUCUGAGGAAUCGCUGUCGGUCAAGUUGUGUCAUCCUGAGCCCUCCGAGGGCUCCCUCGGCUCCCGGUUAAGGAAGAGGUCCCUGUGUGUCGUGUUGGACUCUAGGUUGAUAAAGAGACUCAGAAGCUUCCAGCUGCUUCUAAACCCAAGUUCUGGGGCUUCCCCUGAUCCAGGCCAGCAGUGUGUGGGCCAUCUUUUCUGUCAGGUGACCAGCAGCAACUCCUUUCUCCCUGAGCAUGGGAAGCAGUGGUCCAAGAGGUUGCUUGGCACCACCCUGCUUGUGCCCACGUAUUUAUCCGGGUUGUCACAGGCUGGCUGCUCCAGCCUGCAAGCAGACCUGGGGAACUGCUCACUGCCCACGCAGCGCCAUCCCUGCGACCCGCCAUCCGUUCUCACCCCCUCCCCUGCCUUUACUUUGAAUCUCUGAGAGAAAUUUCUCUCUAAGAUCUUCGCAGCUCCUGUUUGUUAAGCAGAAAAGCCCUGCCGCUUGAUGUUUGCCUGCUGUCCGGCCACGGCCUGAGCCAGGGUAGGAGCCUCGUCCACCUCAGCAACGGCGCCCAGAGCUGUCCCCUGGCGAUGGCGCUGGUGUCCCAGAGCGCCCCUCCCUCAGACGUGGGGCUUCACCAAGUGAGACCCGUGGGACACCUGGGAAGCAGAAACUUGCAUUUUUUAGAACCUGAGGUAAGAGGUUCUUAGCCCCAAUCUGUCCUGCCAGGUUACCUACCCGGUACUAGAUGGGAUUUCAGCAGCUACUGGGGACUUUUCCUUCCCUGCCCGCCGCCAAGCCAAUCCCAAGGCAUGCAGAGUGCUGGGAAGGGCAGGUCCUUCCUUCCUCGGUGUCUGGUCUUGCUGACCAGC